CUCAAAGUCAAAAAAGAAGGUCCUCAUUGCAGGCCAGUUACAUUACCAAGUACUAACGCACUGAUAAUAGUCAAAAUAUUAAUAAUAUCAUCUUCAAACAUUUUGUUUAUUUUAUAUGGUUUUUUGUAAAUUGUGAAUUUCUAUUUCCAUACAUAAUGACAAGUGCAUAUGAGAAAUGCACAGCCAAAGAUGGAGCUCGACCUUACAAAUGUUGCGACUACGCAAACAAAAUUUCUUUAAAUUUACAUCAUUUCAAAAGAGAUGGAAGAUUUUGUGAUAUAGAUUUAAUAUCAGGUUCCACAAGAAUUAAGGCCCAUCGGGUAGUACUAGCAGCAAGCUGUGCAUAUUUUGAUGCUAUGUUUAAUGUGGGUUUAGAAGAAACACAAAAGGGAUAUGUUGCUUUGCCAAGUGUUCCCCCUGAUAUACUUCCAAUGAUAAUUGAUUUUAUUUAUACAGGUGAAAUAGUAAUUGACAAGAGUACUGUCCAACAUUUAUUGAUUGCUGCUGAUAUGCUUCAACUAAGAGAACUUGUAACAGGUUGUGGGGAGUUCCUUAGGAGAGAAUUACACCACACAAAUGCUCUAGGAAUAUUUAGGUUUGCAGAAGCUCACAACUGCAUUGAAUUGGUAAAAGAAGCACUAGAGCAUGUUCAAGCCAACUGGAACAUAGUAUCUAAUGGUGAUGAGCUUUUAGAAUUACCAUUACCACAGCUAAUAACAUUGCUUUCUUCUGAACAAUUAAAAGUUGACAGUGAAGCUCAGGUUCUAUAUGCAGCACUACGAUGGCUAGAGCAUGAGCCAGCAUGUCGCAGACGGCACUGUUUCGAAGUACUUAGUCACGUACGACUGCCACUUAUUUCGCCACAAGUUUUAGAUCAAGCUAUCAAAAAUGUACAAGAUCCUUCUAUUGCUGUCGCACUUAAAACAGCGAGAGUUGACAUGAAAACUCGUCGUGGUGCCUUGGUAUCUUUGUUGGUGGAACCACGUCAGCGAGCACGGCGUAUAUUACUUCUAGCCGGUGGUUCAUGCCGAGACAAAGCUGCGCACCCGCCACUAUCGACACACUACAAUCAAGACAACAUUCUCUCUUCUGUGCUAAAAUUUGAUCUACAUAAACGAGAAUGGGAGGAGCUUUCACCAAUGGGUAUAGCACGAAUCCAGCCAGGUGUGGCCACUUUAGGAGGUCGGGUUUAUGCCGUCGGGGGUGAACAAGGAAGUCAAAUACUUGCCAAUGGUGAAGUAUACGAUCCUCAGACUGAUAAAUGGUCAAAUAUUUCUCCUAUGAAAGAAGCACGUUGUGAAUUCGGUCUGACAGGUUGGAAUGGCAAUUUAUAUGCUUUUGGAGGCUGGGUGGGAUCAGACAUGGGCUCUUCUGUUGAAGUGUACGAUCCAGUCGCAGAUGAGUGGACGUUGGUGGGUAGAAUGCCCGAGCCAAGAUUCGGAAUGGGAGUUAUUAAUUUUGAAGGUCUAAUAUACAUAGUCGGUGGAUGUACUCACACCUGGCGACACACAAGGGAUUUAUUAUGUUAUCAUCCGGCAUCUCGAAAAUGGCACUCUCUGAAACCAAUGCACCACGCUCGUAGUCAGGCUGCCGCGGUCGUUCUCGACAACUACUUGUACGUCAUCGGCGGCAACGCGCCGAGGCGCACAGUUCUCACGUCGGUAGAACGUUACAGCUUUGAUGAGGGAAAUUGGGAAGAAGUUGCAAGUUUGAAGGAGGCCCGGGCCGGGUGCGCGGCGGGGGCGGCGGAGGGCGUGCUGGUGGUGGCGGGCGGCGACAGCGAGAGCGCGGGCGAGCGCGCCUUCUACCGCGCGCGCACCACGCUGGCCAGCGUCGAGCUGUACGAGCCGCGCGACAACGCUUGGCGCGCCGGCCCGCCGUUGCCGCACUCGCGCGCCGAGGCCGGCGCCGCCCUGCUCUGACCCUGCAGGUACAAUCCUACACCGAACCGACAACAACAACAAGCUACGAUAAAUGUACAAAUAAUAUUAUAUUAUAUAUUACCCGUAAUGUGUAGCUACCCGAUCAAUUUUAUACUUAAUGUAAUAGGAUUAAACAAUCGUCCAAGUAUUUAUUGCAACUUUUAUAUUUUUCUAUAUGCAUCUUGAAAAUGUAACAAUUUCUUUACUUCUGACUUAUUUUAUUUGUCAAAUCUGACAACAAAUAAACUCUUUAAAAUAAUGUAUGUACAUAAAUAAUAUAUAAGGUA